AUGUCCAGUUUCGGCCGUUCGCUACCUCGUCUGCACCGUGGAGCUUCCCUGUGCCUUUUCGCAUCGAUCCUUUCGUAUGAGGCAAGCCUCUUUGAGGCCGCGACCAGCGCGCAAAAGUCCAAGGGCAGAGGAAGCUCAAAGAAAAGCUCCAAGAAGAAAGUCAGCAAAGGCGUGAAGAAGGAGGUGAAACCCUUCCCAGACAAAGCUGGCGAUUCGUUCCUCCCUGCACAGGGGGCAUGUGUGGCUGGGGCCUUUCUGCCGGUUCAGUACCCGACGGAGCACCUGGAUCUGGAGCAGAUCUUGUUUUCGCCGGACUCGGUCUUCAAGGUAGGCCUGGGUAUCACCGUGGUGGGCUUCCUGCUGGGAUUGGUCUCGAUCGUGUCGGUGACCAUGGCCAUGGAGGAAGGCCGGCUGGCGACGACGGGACCCUUUGGCGUGGUUCGUUCGCCCACCUAUACCGGCUUUCUGAUCAUGUGUGCUGGUGCCUGUGUCAUGGCCGGUCUCAGCAUCCCCCGCGCCGUCUUCACGCUGGCGCUGGGUGGUGUCCUGGCAAUGAAGCUGGCCGAAGAGGAAGAGGCGCUUAAGCAGGCUCGACCGGAGGCGUGGGAGAAAUACUCCAAGAGCCUUGGUGACCUCACGGGCAUCGAACAGAGGAAGUGUUGUCUUUUUUUUUGCAGCAUGUGA